AUGAACGUAGAGGAGGUAAAAAAACAGGUGAAGAAGACACCUAAUUGGAAAAGUAGUGGACCAGAUGGGGUACACGGCUAUUGGAUAAAGAACUUUGCAAACCUACAUGAGAGAAUUUCGGAACAACUAAAAUGUUGUUUAGAGAUAGGUGUAGUACCUGAGUGGAUGACAAAAGGUCAAACAUGCCUAAUACUGAAAGACCGUGGUCUAGUAUCAAUCUACCGCCCAAUAACGUGCUUGUCCCAGAUGUGGAAACUUUUGACAGGGAUUAUUGGACAAAGAUUGUACGAUCAUCUAGAAAAGGAACAGAUUCUGCCGCCAGAAUAA